AUGCGCGGACGACUUCGCAGCAAGAAGAUUUUUUCCCCUCUCAAGCUGAUUUUAUUUCUCGUUGUAUUUUCAUUUCUCUCGAAUCUCUUCCCUUCCGAACUGAUCAACCCCUCCUACGAGCGUCGGACUUUCAAGACCUUUACCUGGCUGAGUGUCAAAAACUCAAGAAAAGGAAUUUUCGAUCAAGCCAGAGAGUACGUCGUGGAAAGCGUUGGCACUGAUGUCUUCUACGUUCUCUUCAAUCUUGGCCGUCUCAUCUUAGCCAUGGUUUUAAAAGACUACAUCGCGGACCAAAUUCCAUAUUUGAAGACAAAAACGGUUGGUCAGAAACUCGUCAAGACAAUGCAAAUGCAACUCAAUGAAGAAUCUUCCGAUGAAGAUGUUUCCGGCCGGAGAAUAACAGAGGUAGAAUUCGCCAAGCAGAAGAAGGCUCUUGGAGCAACAGGAGCAGCUGCGGCGACAGGAGCUUCAGCAGUCGCCGUCAAUUUGGUUGGAUUUGUCAAGAACAUCAUCAGCACGACAAAGAUGAUGGCGAAGUUCAUCUACUACAUCCUCCGAAUGGUUCUCAUGGCUGUCUUCAUGGUCCUCAAUCUCCCUCGACAAAUUCUUCUCGGAACGCUGACCGGCCUGAGCGCGGCUGGAGUUAUUCCCGAAGAAUCGAACUUCCACCGCAUUGUGCGAAAUACGACUUUCAAGGAGAUCUUUGUCGAUGGCGUUGCUGAAAUGUUCCAUGUCUCCGACUCUGAUUUGACGUCGGAAGAUUUGAUGGUCAUUGGAGCACGUGACUCGCAAAUUGGACUGAACGAUUGGGACUCGUCGGAUUCCGAGGAUCAUAAAUGCGCUGAUGGAACAUGUCAAGUCUGCGAACAAACGAGACCAAGAAGUAUUGUUCAAUCAGGUGACUCAUCGACAGUUUUGAAUAAAAAUCUAGGCCCCUCCGCGGGAUUCAAACGAAUUUCCCCGAAACGAAAUUCCCGCGCCUCUUCCCGCGCUUCUCCGACCGCUCAAGCUCGGCGAGAAACCGUGGUUAGUCCUCGAUCCGUCGCUGGAACUUCCUUUGUCACUGCACGAGACAUGACCGAGGAUCAAGAAAUGAAUGAUCUGCUCGAGUGGGCGCAUCAGCACUUCAAGCAAUAA